AUUUCUGGAGAACAUGGAUAGGUGACAUUUCGGGUCGGGGCCCUUUGUUUAGGGUUGAAGAAAGUUGGAAUUGUUGCAUUGUUUGUACAUACGACAAUUGAACACCUUUAAUUCUUAAUAUCAGCAGCUUUUCUCUCUACCUAUGCAUUUAUCUUCUACUAUCGUUCUCUUCUACCGAAUCUGAACUUUGUUUCUGUUCAUUUUGUUUUGAGACCGUGAGGCAUUUCUUCUCUGGAUAAUAUAAUUGCAGCUUGCAACCUCGGUUACAGUGGAUGACACUGUUUGUGUUUUGGAACAGUUUUCUGUUUUUCUGAGAAAGCCAGCAUGACGUUUGCCGUGUAUAUACACAUCAGUGUCAGGCCAGCAGAGGGAGGAGAGAACCGGAGAGGCGGCGCGAUGCGUCAAGGGUGAGGCGAAGCGUAGCAACAUUUCACCAGAAGCGAGUUGUCAGUUGAACCGCGGAAGCUGCAAUGAGCGGUAGAGUCGGCGACCUUAGUCCCAAGCAGGCGGAAGCACUCGCCAAGUUCCAAGAGAAUAUUCAAGAUAUUUUGCCAAAUCUUCCUGUCCAGGAUGACCACUACCUGCUGCGAUGGCUUAGAGCCAGAGGUUUCAAUCUUCAGAAAGCAGAGCAUAUGGUUCGCAAGCAUGUAGAAUUCAGAAAACAGAUGAAAGUUGAUACACUCACUACCACCUGGGAACCUCCUGAGGUGAUGACUCGAUACUUUGCUGGAGGAAUGUGUGGCUAUGACAAAGAUGGCAGCCCUAUAUGGUAUGACGUGAUCGGCCCUUUGGAUCCAAAAGGCUUGAUGCAUUCGGCUUCUAAACAGGACUUUUUGAAAACCAAAAUCCGAGACUGUGAACUACUACGGGAAGAGUGUAUUAAACAAUCUAAAAAGCAUGGGAAACAAAUUGAAGCAAUCACAAUGAUCUAUGACUGUGAGAAUCUAGGAAUGAAGCAUUUAUGGAAGCCAGCGGUUGAACUUUAUGGAGAGGUACUUACUAUGUUUGAGGAUAAUUACCCUGAGGGUUUAAAGACAUUGUUUGUUAUCAAAGCGCCAAAAGUUUUCCCUGUGGCCUACAACCUUAUAAAGCAUUUUCUUAGUGAAGCCACUCGUAAGAAAAUUCAAGUUUUAGGUGGUAAUUGGAAAGAGGUGCUAUUACAAAAUAUUGAUGCAGAACAACUUCCUGUUUAUUAUGGUGGAACUCUCACAGACCCGGACGGCAAUCCUCGAUGCAUGUGCAAGAUAAACUUUGGAGGUGAUGUUCCAAAGUCAUAUUACAUCCUCGAGUCCAUCAAACAACAAUAUGAAAGCACAGUCAGUGUUAAUAGGGGAUCAUCGUUCCAAUCUGAAUACGAGAUUCUCUUCCCUGGUUGUGUUUUGAGGUGGCAAUUCAUGACUGAGAGUGCGGACAUUGGGUUUGGUGUCUAUCUGAAGACAAAGAUUGGAGAACGACAAAAGGCUGGUGAAAUGGUGGAAGUGGUUUCCAACCAGCGAUAUAACAGUCACCUGGUGCCUGAGGAUGGAACACUUACCUGUAUAGAACCUGGAAUCUAUGUUUUAAGAUUUGACAAUACAUACAGUAUCAUUCACUCCAAGAAGGUUAGCUACUCAGUGGAAGUGCUGCUGCCAGAUAAGGGAUCGGAAGCACAGAUGGAUGGUCUUGGAAAGAAAGUAAAAUAAAUGAUGUCAAUGAAAAAUAGCAACAUCACUAUUAAAGGAAUCUGUAAGGCUAUUUCUAGUAAAGAAAUGAUUUCAUUUUUGUGUGCCGCAUAGACAGUGAAUGCAAUGGCAUGUUUGAUUAUUCGAUUGAUUAUUUUCAACAAGCAGAUAUUAGUAAUGUGUACACUUUGUCCUUAAUGGGAUCUAGUUGAAUAAUUCAUGGAUGAUCAUGACCCAGUCAAAAUUGGAACAAAUAAAUGGCUGAUUGUGCUUGCUACUUGUACCAUCGAUAGGAUUAAGUGGAUAAACCCGACACAGUUUCCUCAUCUAAGAUUCAGUAUUGACUACUAUGUGUAAUAAAUAGCCAAAUUGGUCUGAGGUCAAUGAUGUAAUCAGAUAUUUGGCUUCAGUGUUGUCCAAUAACAUAAUGUCAUACAGGAUAGAAAUGGGCCGAUCAUUAAGCACCCAUCUUUACCAAUUGCAUUAUUCUUCUCUCAUCUCCCUUAGAGAUCACACCUGGAGUACAUAUAAUCCAGUGUGGGAAGAAUUGCAAAGAUUUUUACUAAGUGGUGCAUUUACUGUCAAAUUAAAUGGGCAGUUCUUAGGUGGUCAUAAGGUAUUAAUUUUCAAUCAAAUAUAUUAUUACGAUUAGUUGUUUCAAAAUGUAGGUUAUGAAUUUCUAAUUUACUUUAACAGUAAACAUAUCAUUCCAUUUACUUCUAAUUCUAGAUUAAUAGCAAACUGCUUUUCACUGACCCAUCCUAAUGCCUUUUAAUGUCCAUUAUCGCUGCCAAUAUUCAGAUGACGAAUAAUUAUCGCUGCAAUGUCACACACAAGAAAAUACGAGCUGAAGUAGGAAACCUGGAAACACUCACGAUUCAGUAAAUCAAAGCUGAUCUAUCCCAGGCUACAACUCCUCCCACUGUGCCAUAUCCCUACAGCCUUCAAUCUUUUUUAUUAUCUACCUCCACUUUAAGUAUUUAUAUUAGGUUUGGCUCCACAGCUCUGAGGUAGAAAAUUCACGAGAUCCACUACCCUCUGUGAGAAGAAAUGUAUUUAUAUCUUGGUUUUAAACAAUUGGUCUCAAAUUUUGAAACUCUCCCAUUAAUGAAAACAUCUUAGCAUCUACUGUCUCCUCCCACCCUCCAGCCUUCUGGCUACUCCUCCUUUUCCCUUUCUUUUCCCUUUCUUGUCCCCACCCACCCCCACCCCCGAUCAGUCUGAAGAAGGGUUUCGGCCCGAAACGUUGCCUAUUUCCUUCGCUCCAUAGAUGCUGCUGCACCCGCUGAGUUUCUCCAGCUUUUCUGUGUAACCUUCGAUACUCCAGCAUCUGCAGUUCCCUCUUAAACACUUAGCAUCUACCUUGUUAUGCUCCCUUAGGAUCUUAUGUAUUUCAAUAAGAGCACACCUCGUUCUUCUAAACUAAUGAAUACAGACCCAAUCUGUUUAGUCUCUCUAGAUAGGAUAAUCCCUUCAUCUUGGAGUAAACUGGUAAAUCUUUUUUGAAAGUCUUCCAUGCUACCUUGUUAAGUAAAGGGACCAAAAGUACUCCAAGUGCAGCCGCACCAACACCCUGUACAAGUAUAAUAAAAUGUCACUAUUUCUAAAUUUUACAAUAAAAGCCAAAUGCCAUUUGUCAUGUCACUACUUAUUGCACUUACUUUCACCAUUGGCAACACACAGUACAUUCACUUGUCUCUCAAAGACCUGACAAAUGUCAAGUAGUGCAAGAAUCUGCUACCAUUCCUUGAAAAGACUGGCUUUGUAGUGGUACCUAGUUCAUGUUUCUUAACUUAUUGCAAACAAGAAUUACAGUCUUGUGCUGAAACAUUCAACUUUCCAAUAUCCAUUUGAAUGUAAAAUCUUCAAAAGUGAAAAAUUGCAGAUGCUGGAAAUCUGAAUAUCAAAUGCAAGUCAGGUAGCACUGGAGUUAGAUUUAGGUUUAUGGUCUUCUGUUAAUUACCUUGAUUAUAUUAAAAUCAGGUUCCAAUCUUUUUAACCUUUGAACAUAUUUUGAAGGAAGUUGCAACGUGAUAAAUUAUUGUCUUAAGAAUUAAAAUUCAAGGAAUAAAUCGCUCUACCUAUUGAACAAACUCUGAAAUAAACUGGCAUUUUAAUGGGUACAUAUGUCUCUAGCUUGGGAUUAUUCUACAUAGUGGGCUCUGCUCGAGUUCAGUAGUAAUUUAAAGUUGCUCCAUUCUUUCGGAUGUUUCUCAAACAUUCCCUUUUAAGCAAACAUAAAGAUAUUUUUAUUUCCUUUCAGCUUGCUUCUUUAAUACGUAAAUAUUUAUUGCGUUUCCUCUUCCUCCCAUCAGGAAGAAAUGCUAGAUGAGGCUGAGUAGAUCAACAUGAAUGCCAGAGAUACUUUCCAGAGACUGCAGCUUGCUUGAGAUUCCAAAGGCUGCCACGUUUUGCUUUGCACUAACAAAAAAAAACUACCUUGGCAUUGAUCUGCAAUGAAUAGGCUGGCUGAUAUUGCGAACAUUUACUCAAAUGACGUAACUGAGUCCAAACAGUGGUCAGUCAUUAAUCACACAUUACUUGGGAAUCAAGUAUACAGUCUUUAAACUAUAGCAUGUUUACCAGUGUAUUGAAUCAUCAUAAACAUGUAACUGGCAAUUGCUUGAUAUAAAUUGGCAACAAUGUCCACCUUCCCAAGAAAAAGAGCAUUUAGGUUGCUGGUGGUGAAUCUCAGAGGAACAUUGUGAGUCAAUUUCAAAUCUUUUUGACAUUCCCAAUGGUUCUGGACUUAUUCUGGAGGAGUCUCCAAAUAUUCUUCCAAACCUACUGAGUUAGUUGAUCACACACCAGAAGUUGGGACCAGUUGAUUUGUUUUGGCCUCAUUGCUCUCCCCUUUCUUUUGCCUGUUAACCCUUGUAUCUAGGUUAAUGAUUGAAUGACCACUGGAUCAAGAUACUGAAUGAAUUUAUGAUAUCCAUGGUACAGUAUUUAGCAUGCAUCCACUACAUCAAGAAAUUUAAAAAAAAAGAACAGGAGGGCAUCAAAAGCUAUCACAUAACCCCAGUUUAUUAAAAUUUAAUGUCGGUAAUCAUCAUCUUGAAAUAUUAAAAAAUAUUAAUAAUAAAUUACUAGUUCUCCUUUCACUUGCCUGGGGCACUAAUUCGGUUUAACACUUUAACUGUUCAUUUUUAACGGCAAGUUCCCCCUGCAAGGAACAACGUUUACUUUGUGUAAGGCAGUAUUUUCUUCAUUGGCAAUUACAUUCCAAAGUAACUCAAGGUUUGCUUCUGGGAUUGAGUGCAGCAGAUUUACAGUAGUUGGUUCUGCAUCAGUGCACUGGUUUAAAAUGCAAACAUGCGCUGCACACCACUGUCAGAGUUCCAUUAUUCAUAACUGUUUUCAUUCCAAUAUCUCUUCCACUUGAAGUGCCAUUAAUUUUUCAACUUAUUUAAUCAAGCAUAUGCACCUGAUAUUUAUUUGUUGAGACUGAUGCUUUGUAAUUAAAUAUACAAACAAAUGGGUAAAUUGUAACCAAGAGACUUUUUUUACUUCUCCGGGUCUACUUUCUUACUUGACAAUAUCAAUGAAUGUAUUAAUGAAUAUCGAGUAGUUAUCUAACUUUGGUUCUUAAAAAAAUCGCAGAUAACAAAAAUAAUUUAUUUGACUUCCAAAAUGAUGAACUUGUUUCUACACCGUUCCCCCCCUUCCCAGAUCCUUAAAUGUAAUACUUACAAUUUACUUGAAUACUACUUGCAAUUGAUGUCUUCAUCAUUAUAUUGUGGUUCUGUAUUGCAAUUAUGUUGUAGUCUUUAAUGUAUUUGGUGGACAUAUAUUGGAUUAAAAUAGUUAAUUAAUAUAAAAUUAUCCACCAUAAAUUGAUUUUGGUAAAACGCCGAAUUUCAACUACUGCUAUAAAUAUAUUUUGAAUGAGUGUAUCUCAAUUUUACAGUCACAGGAGAGUCUGUGAUAUCUGUGCUGCUGUUUACAGAGAAAUAAUGUACAAUUGAAGUGAAUGAAUCAAAUAUAUGGUUUGAUUACCAGAAUAAGAAUGUGGAAGUAGAAAAAAACUAUCCAGCUGAUCUAACUGGCUCCAAUAUCCACACCUUGCAGGACCAAACCUUUCCAUGUUCGUUUGGUGAUUUUAAACUUCCACCAUGUAAAUAGGAAUAUGUAGGAAAAUAUUUUCUACAGAUGGUAUUUGGCAAAUAUAAGACAAUUCUAAAUGCAAAGAUGUUAUCUCUUAAGCUGAAUUUAGUGUAUGGCAUUUUUCAGUUUGUUUAACCAUGCCCACUGUCCAAUAAUCCUUGCAUCUGUUUACAUUUACUGUAUAAAUUUACUGUGUCGUAAGAUUAUUGAACUUGCAUUUUGGUUUGAUCACAAAAUUUAUACUCUUCCCAUAACUCAGCAGGCUUAAAGCCUGGAAUAUUUCAAAACCAUCUCCCUACUUCCCCUCAUCUUCCACCCAUACUUUAAACUUCAGACUCAACAACUCUCCUCCUGCACAGAGGACAAUUUUUAUUUUGGAGCAUACAGUUAGAAUUGAAAGCAAUUUAGUUGUAUCUUUAACGGGUUGGAGAUGUCUUAUUGAGAAUCAGUACAGGGUGCUGCUAUAUGCAACACAUAAUUCAGGACAUAAUUACAUAAAUGGCAUGGUGCCUUGCACAAUUCCCAAAAUGAUUAGCUGGCAUGUAAAGGUCACUGGAGUACAGACUCUGCAUUUUUUCUAGAAACCAGUUGACUCUCAAUGUACAUUGAUGGAGAGAACAAAAAGUGUUUGUUCAAUUGGAUCCAGCUUCAUGUCAGCAAUGCAAAGAGUGCCCAUAAUGUUUUGGUAAGGUCAGUGAAUUUAUAAUUGGGAUUGUAUUAACAUUUUUUUUUCCUUUCUCAGAUGAAUACUUUAAUGCACUGUACAACAUACUUGAAGUGGUGUGUACUCCUCAGUUACUGUAAAGAAUUGGAAUGCUAAUUUUAUAGAGUUCCAAUUUACCACUGGAAUUGUUAAAUGUUCUUGCAUUUUUGGUGGACACUAUAUUUGCUAACCUUUGAAGUACAUCAAGGAUUAUGUGAUCACCACCCAGAAUGGGGAACUUGGGUAGCAGAGAUCAUUGUCAUGGUUAGCACAGCUACUCAUAGCUGUCCAAGUUGGGCCACAUAGCAUCGCAAAAUCACUCCUGUUCCAAAACAAUGCAACAGCAAAAUUAUUUUAUUUUCAAAUAACUUGCUUUGAAAUAAGAUGUUAUGCAAAAUCAAGUGUGUGUUCUGUGGAAAAUAAUUAAAUAAUCCAUGUACCUCA